AUGACUGAGCUAAACCCUGCCUUCGUGCUCCGGUCCGUCCAAAACGUCUCGUUCGAGAACCGAGAGGUCCCGACACUCCGCGACGAGUACGACGUGCGAGUGCACGUCGAGCAGACGGGCAUCUGCGGCAGCGACGUGCACUACUGGCAGCGCGGCCGCAUCGGCGACUUCGUCCUCGAGUCCCCCAUCGUUCUCGGCCACGAGAGCGCCGGGACCGUCGUCGAGGUCGGCGACAAGGUGAAGAACGUAAAGGUCGGUGACCGGGUGGCGAUCGACCCGGGCGUGCCAUGCCGGCACUGCGAUUACUGCCGAGCGGGCGCGUACAACCUGUGCGCGGACACGGUCUUCGCGGCGACGCCGCCGUGGGACGGCACGCUGCAGAAGUACUACGUCGUCGCCGGCGACUACACGUACCUGAUCCCGGACCACAUGUCGGCGGAAGACGGCGCCCUGGUGGAGCCGGUGGCCGUCGCCGUCCAGAACUGCAAGGUCGCCGGGCUCAGGGGCGGCCAGACGGUGCUCGUCUUCGGGCCGUCGCCGGCGGAAGCCGAGGCCACGGCGGCGGCGCUCUCCGAGUCGGGCAACGGCGUGCCCGUCAAGGCGUACAGGUGCGACGUCCGCAAUAGCGGCGAGGUGGCGUCCGUCAUGGAGGCGGCGACGGAAGAGGUCGGCGGCAGGAGGCUCGACAUCGUGGUCGCCAACGCGGGCAUCGCGGACUACGCGCCGGCGCUCGAGUACGCCGAGGACAAGUUCCGGGACAUGCUGGACGUGAACUUCAACGGUGCUUUCUGGACAGCGCAGGCGGCGGCCAAGAUUUUCGAGCGACAGUUCAAGGCGGGCGGCGACGGAAGGGGCAGCAUCAUCUUCACGGCGUCGGUAUCGGCGAUUCUGGUCAACGUGCCGCAGAAGCAGGCGGCGUACAACGCCAGCAAGGCGGCGGUGGUGCACCUGGCCAAGUCGUUGUCGGUGGAGUGGGUUGACUGGGCAAGGGUGAACUGUGUCAGCCCGGGCUUCAUCGCGACUGAUAGUAAAUUCAGGCUCUGGCGGCCCUCGUUGACGAUGUACUAA